AUGGAGACCGAAAGUGAGAAAAUGGAGCAGCUGCUGGAAUUGGUUCGACCUUGCCUGUCAGACGAGGGCUGGACGGUAGUGAUGAAAGACAAUCGCGUCAAGAUGGCGCACCGACCUUGUCCUGGACCUGGACGUCGGCAGUUGAUGAAGCUUGAGAUGUUGCGAGUUGCCAUCAAAAACCCGCCGCAAAACCCCAACCAGCUGCUCGUGCGCCCUGAAGUGAGGGCGCAGUUUCAGACUCGGGUUUCGCCGAUUGCUGGCAACAGCUUCGACCUCGUGGAAUGCAAAGCUCCUGGAGAUGGCGUCUUCUGGCGCUGGCAUCAGCUCGGACUGCUGAGAUUGUGCUGCCUAUUUUUUGGCAGUUUGACCGGGAAUACCUUCUUCUGCACGGAUACACCAACCCUUGCACAUCACAAGCUGAGACGAGACUUUCCAGAGCGGGGCGACUGCGUGUAUGCUGGACGGCUGGAGAACUCCGAAUGCGGUAGCCUUUCCGAGGGGAUGUUCAUCACGCGCCCAACGGAGAGUCCUUCCCACUUCUCCGUGACGAUCGCCUUUGUCUUUUCGGAGUCGCGGUGGAAGUGGGCAGCCUGGGCGUCACCCCACAUUUGGCGGCUAGCUCAUUUGGCGGAGAAGUGCAUCCAAUGGGUCUUGAACCGGCCGGGCGUUGCAGAGUUGCGCGUUUUGGAUGAGCAGCACUACAUAGUCCUCGCCGUUUCAUGUACAAAGCGAGGUCCGCCAAUGCUUCCUGCAAGCAGUGACCUGGAGUCCGUUGACAUCCAGGCGGGAGAGGCCCUGGGCUUCGCAAAAUGGCGGCGGUUUGAAGGAUCACCCGACGAAAAGUUUAGCCUUGCGCGGUACCUCCAAAACUUCAUGGCCAGCAUGGGCGAGGACAUUGCGAUCUAUUGUGAGAUGGACGGUCGCCAGCUGGUGUAUUACCAGUGUGCCGUCCGCCGAUCUCACUGGAGUCGAGUGUGCGAUCGGUUUCGAGAGGUCUUCCAACUGCAGAAAGCUGCUUAUCGUCGUGCCAACGGUGGGUCAAACGCCCCGAGCCUGACAGAGGAUGUUGCACCACGCUUUGUUUCCCGAAGUCGUGAAACAAGAGAGCCAUCGCCAGGACUUCCCGUUCAGAAGAUUGUCGUGCGUCGCACCUUCGUGGAGAACGCCUCAGAUGACGAGUCCGACUUCCAGGCGCUUCACCGCGCAGCCACGGACGUGGAGCCUGACCUCCUGAAGGAGGCGCUGCAGGAUCUUCACCGAGAUCUUCUGGAAGGUCUUCGGGAGUGGUCAGAAAGGUUACAGGACUGCUCUGAAAUCGAGGUUUUUCCGCCAAGAGAACGCGAGUAUCGGGGCAUUCUGGCCCAUGCAGACACGGGUUCGGCCAAGCAACUGGUCGAGAUUGGUCUUUACCUUCUGGUUUGGGGUGAAGCAGGCAACAUUCGGUUCAUGCCUGAGCUGAUUUACUUCCUCACGGAGCUGGCGCUGGCUUCAGAGGACGUGCUCACGGGAGGCUCCGCUUAUCACACGGGUAGCGGCACCGUCAAAAGUGGUCUCUUUCUGGCCAAAGUCACUAGACCAAUUUACAAUGUGGUUUUCGAGGAAUGGUACGUGAAGGUUGAUGUCGAUCCCAAGAACCAGCGGGACAAGAAGGUGCUUCGGGACGAACUUCACAGAUUUCUGCCAGCUGACACCGCCAACUACGACGAUUGGAACGAGCUGUUCUGCGAUCCCGCCCGCAUGGCCAAGCGGCUCGUUCUGGAUGAUGGGUCGAGACUCUUCGAUGUGCCUCACGAGCGGCGCUUUAGCCAGCUACACCGCGUGGACUGGCGUCGGGUGCUUGCAGCAAGUGGGGUGAAGACCCACCGCGAGGUCCACUCGCUUUGGGGCGUUUUUGCCAGCAUACAUCGUGUUGUUCUUCUUCAUGCCGUGCUUUUCCUCUUCCUGCUGCUCAUGGCAUCAGAGAACGAGGUUCCCGCCAUGAGCACAUCUGGCACCGUCCUGGGGAAGACGCGGGCCACUCGCUUUGCCGUCCUCGGGCUCCUUGUGCCACUCCACGGCUUUGCGUUGUACUACUCGCGGUGGGAGGUCACCGGGACAGCACUGCGGAUUCGAAACUGCGGAAGGAGGGAGAUAGCGAGACUCUUGAAGCACGCCUUCUUCGCCUUCUUGUGGGCCAUUCCCGCAAUUACGUACAUCAUUAUUAGAGCCGAAGAGUCGAACCAAGACCAGUCUGAGGACCUGCAGAGCGAGGGGCUUUCUGCGGUCCUGACGGUUCACUACGUCGUCUCUGCAAUCGGCAUCGGUGUCGGCUUGUUUUUGCCAAUCUGGUCGACAGAUGCAAUCUGGUCCUUGACCAGAGUCUCCGUUUUAGUGCAAUUCUCUCGAUACCUGUUCUGGGGAUGCGUGCUGACGGUGAAGUGCGUGCUGGCCUACUACGGCCUGAUCUCCAAGAUGCUCCGGUCUGUAGAGAAACUGCGACUAAGUCAAUACUCCCAGGCUGAUGUUUAUGCCAUGGGCUGGCGGGGCCUUUUUCUCAAUGCGCCUCUCAGCCGUGACUUCCUUGAGGGCUGCGGAAUUUGGGGUGCUGCCUUUUUCCUUUUCUUUGCGGACACGCUCCUCUGGCACAUUCUUGGCUGUACGAUUCUGGGGGUGUGCUAUGUCUUCGUCCAGCGACGUGGCCGUGUUCGCAGCUUUGUGACCGAGGCUCUACAGUCAAGAGGAGUUUCCGGGCUUGUUUUGCCGGGAAGCCUCCUUGUGCCGAAUAGAACGGCCCGCCAUCCGCCCGGCAUAGGCCUCAUGCAGGCCAUCUGCUACAGCGAUGCCAGCUCCGACGAGGAGAGUGCUUACGACUGCGGUUCAACCGGCGGCCAUGACUUGUCAAACACGGAGGAGAAAGAAGGCUUGAUGGGAGGGGACGCUGACAGCCACCACGAGGGACAGUGUGGCAAGGCUGUUUCCAGGAUGAUCUGGAAUUCUCGCUAUUGCCUGGUCAUUUGCUGGCCAUUGCUUGCGCUGAUUAUGGCGCCGUUUGCGUACAAAUUAGUGCUCAACGCCCUUCCCUUGCCAAAGACUGCGCCGCACGGCACCGCUUCUUUCGAGGCAGAGGAGCUCUUCGAGGUGAAGUUCCCAUAUCUGGUGGGCAUGAAGAUGGAGAUGAUUGUGCUCAAGUGCACGCCGCACUGCGGAACCGCCGUGUCCGUCGAAAGCCAGGCCUACGUUGAGCAGCUUCGGGACAUGGUGCUGAACUUCGGAAAUGACUACCCCGGGACGAUUAUUGACGUUCGAUCGUAUUACACGUUCGGGGACAAGAUCGAUAGCAACCCCAUGCUGGCCCACGACCAGCAAAGUAUUCUGUUCGUUUGGAGCUGGCGUGUGAACGGCACCAUGAAGCUGAUCGCCCAGGAUUUUGCCAAGCGCAUCAGUACGAAGAUCGAGUACAUGAAUGCUGAGCAGAUUCGAGAUGUUCCAGGACAGGUGGCCUACGACAUUGCCGUGACAGGACCGACGUUCUUGAACAUUGCCAUGAAGGAAACGGUGCUGCAUGAGGUCCCGAUUCACGAGAUCGAAACGCUUUGGCUUCCUUUUGCGAUUCUGGCGCUGCGUCUCCAGAGUGCAAGACUCCUUCUGCUUGCGCUGUGCUCCAUGCCGAUUUCCAUCCUCAUCUCCUUUGGCUUCAUGUACUUUGUUUCUCUCCACCUCCCUGUGAUCAUGUACGCACUGGUAAUGAUGCUUAUGCUGUGCACAGCUUUGUCUUUCGACUACUCGCUCUUUACAAUGACACGAUAUGCGGAAGAGCGCAAGCAUGGGGCCACCAUGGAAGAAGCGAUCGACAAAGUGAUUACACAAAGCGGCCACGUGGUCAUGGUAUCAGGUUUGGUCCUGACCAUCGCCUAUGCGGCAAUGCUUGUGCUACCAGGUGCCUUCAAAAGCUUCUGCGUGGCUGCCUGCGCAAUGAUUUUGUGCUGCAUUGGAGUACAGAUGACAUUUGUGCCUUGCGUCCUGGCCCUGGUACCAUGGCUGGGCGCAGGCUUUGAGCCUACAGAGGAGGAUCGCCAGGCAGAGCUCCUUGAAGAGAUGGACGCUAUGGAAAAGGGCGACUUCGAUGAUGAGGACUUCGAAUUUGCAAGCCCUGCCAAGCGCAGAGCGUACGCCCGCGUGCAGCCUUUCCGCUCAGGGGCUUACUAUGAGAUUGGAGGCUUGCUGACAAAGUGUCCUUUGAACAUCCUCGUGCCAUUCUUGAUUUACGCCGUCAUGACUCCUCUGACUCUCCGUGUCAUGAAGUACAAGAUGGGCCACGCUUAUGAGCUUCAAGUUCCUCGUGGUCGGCCUGAGUGGGCGACUUCGAUACAGAUCCAACGAGACUUUCCCCCGAGUGUGGGCUGCAUGAUGCCAACGCUGAUCAUCGCGACUAAUCGGUUGCAAGAUGAAUCCAAAGACCGACAUGCGCUUGUGGCACCAGAAGACCUGGAAGCUAUGGGCGGCACUGCCAACGACUCUGAGCUGAUUCUGCCGGUGGAGAUCACGACUGAGGCUCCACUGGAUGUCAGAGGGCAGGCCUUCUUCGACGAAAAUUGCAGAAUGGUGAACUCACUUAUUCAAGCCUCACAGAAUCAUUCCUUCGCGCUGGAUUCAGACGACUUCCAGUCUCCGACGUUCUAUGGCGCACAUGAGAACGGAGACGUGAAGUGCUUGAACUACCAGCUAACGCACUAUUAUCGUGCCAACUACUUCACCCAGAAGUUCAUGUUUACCUCUAGGCUGAUGCAGAAGCUCUGGGAUCAACUGGUCAGCUCAGAGCGUGAUGCCAUGCUGACCCUGUUGACACCGAAGAUGGAUCCGUUCAGCGCGGAAGCUUUCAACAUGACGAAAGAAAUCCGCCACAUGCUGCACAACGCCAGCGAAACAGCAAGGAACUACGGUUUUCCUGGCAUCACCUACCGCAUGUUCUCACCAAGUGCAAUUAUGAUGGACAUGAUCGAAGUGACUCAUGAUCGGCUUUUCGUGGCCUUCAUGGGUUGUGCGAUGGUCUGCUUCAUUCUCAUUGCUAUCUCCUUUCAUGCCUGGUUAAUCCCAUUCAAGUUGCUCUUCACGGUAAUCCUCCCCAUCACGUGGGCCUAUGGAGCGGCGCUGUAUGUUUACGAAGAUGGCUUCUUGGAAUUCACGGGCAUCCCUGGCCUAUCUCCUACGUACAUUACGAACAGCGGCCCCGCAGGUUUGGACUGGACGGUGCCAAUGUUCACCCUCACCAUCAUGCUUGGCUUGGCCCUGGAAGCUUGCUUGCAGCGUGCCCUUUCACACCAAGAGCUUCGACUUUGCCACUUCUACUGUUAUUUUUUUGAGGCAGGGAUUCUCUGCAACAUUCUCCGCAGGAUUUUUCACAGGAUUCUCCGCCGGAUUCUCUGGUAA